AUGUCUAGAACAGUUCCAUUCAAACAAGUCGAUGUCUUCACUUCCACGCCUUACAAAGGUAACCCAGUAGCAAUUGUCAACUGCUGGGACUUGGAUGAGAGCACAAUCGAGCAAUCUACCCUUCAGAGCAUUGCUGUCUGGACCAAUUUGUCCGAAACCACUUUCCUCUUCAAGCCCACAAACGAGAAAUGCGACUACAAAGUCAGAAUCUUCACACCAAAGGCAGAGCUAGAGUUCGCAGGACACCCUACCUUGGGAACGUGCCACGCUUACCUGGAGUUCAGCGGUAGAAAGAACGUGGAGAAGAUCUACCAAGAAUGUGCUCUUGGUGCGGUCGAAUUGACCAUCAAGGACAAGAAGUUGUCGUUCAAAGGCGUCAAGACCGAUGUGGUCAGUAUUUCUAGUGAUCUCACUCAAGAAUAUACCAAGUGUGUCACUGCGCCACUCGUGACUGAGCCAAUCUUGGCAGAAGUGGGUCCACACUGGGUUGUGGCCUUGGUGGAAGACAACAAAACUUGUUUUGACAUGGAGAUUGAUUAUGAACUAAUGACAAAAGUUGCUGCCAAGCACGGCACCACCGGUAUGAUCAUCGCUGGUAAGUUCCCUGAUAGCGAGAAAUACGAAAUGCGUGCGUUUGCACCAGCCGCGGGUGUUGUGGAGGACCCUGUGUGCGGCAGUGGCGCUUUGGCCUUGGCCCGUUACUUGCAAGAAGUCAAGAAGUUCGACUCAUCCUACGAGUUUGAAAUCAGCCAGGGUGGACGCUUGGGACGCCAGGGUGAAAUCAAGGCUGCUAUCACCCACUCAGAGGGCUCUAUCGGCUACCACAUCGGUGGACAAUGCAUCUCUGUUGUUAACAACGGUGAAUUCUUGAUUUGA